AUGGAGGAAAGUGACUACGAAAGCUUUUUGGUGGAUGACAAAAUUCAAGGGUCAAAAUAUCUGCCACUUAAAUUAUUUCCACCGGAUCAGGAGAUCACAUGUGAGUAUUUGAGAGACAUUCCGCCUCCUCAAUAUUUCCGAAGAGGAAAAGCACCGCUUAAAGAUGCAGAUAUAUUUACAAAUAGAAUUGUUGUAUAUAUCCUAGAACUACCAUAUAUCAUUCCGCUCAUAUUUCCACGUCCUGCGGGUCCGUCUUAUACCAUGAAUGCUUUCACGGAUGACCUCCAGAAACAUUGUAAAGGCCUCUCUCUUGUUUCCCAGUCAUUCUCCAAUACAACCCCCACUCCAGGGACUUUUGAAAGAUACUUUUUUUUUUCAGAUCCUCAUGAGAAUUCCUACGACGGGGCAGUGAUCGAAUAUGAACCCGAAUUCGAUAGACUUUUGAGGACCUGUGGUCCGAAUGUAUUCCGGAAAGGGACUUCCUCGGAAACAGAAGCAGAAUUAAAUCUACUUGCUUCCAAUCCGGCUCCACAAAGAUUCUAUGCCGUCGCGAAUUUCUUAAAACCUAAACCCGACUUGGAUCUGCCUGCCUCUGUUUCAUUGCCGAAAAGACUCUCUUUUGCCGCACAGGAUUUCCUGGACUCCGAGGAGCCUGACCUACCUUAG